UCGGUCCUCGGCCACGCACAAUGAUAGCGGCGGCGUUCCUCGUUCUCCUGAAGCCCUACAGUGUCCAAUGCAUCUUGCUGCUGCUCCUGCUCGUCCUCGCCACCAUCGCUACCAUCUUGUUCUUCUGCUGCUGGCACCGCAAACUCCGCAAGGCUCGGCACCCCGUGAAGUCGGUGGGCUCGGGCCGAUCCAGGAGCCGAGAUGCAGGGAUGAGAUCGCACUUCCGUUCUGAGGGGUUCAGACACAGCCCACGACAUGGUAGGAGGAGCAGUAGGAUGCGAGUGUCCGAUGACUCCAAGCCUCUGCUGGAAAUACCCGAGAGUGACCAGGAACAUCUGGUGAGAAGGCGGAAGAUCAAGAGGAGCAGCCGGGUGCAGGCGGAGUUUUAUCACUCCGUGCAGGGAACUCCAACACGCAGAGCUAGCAUCGGCAGUAGCAGCAGUCGCCCCUGUUCCAUGUCUUCUGCCGACUAUUCAGACGAAGAGGAUGAUUAUGGGCAAAGGUCAGGUACGGUGUCGCCAGCUCCCGGGGACACGCUGCCGUGGAACCUGCCGAAACACGAGAGGUCUAAGAGAAAGAUUCAAGGAGGCUCGGUUCUGGACCCGGCGGAACGAGCCGUCCUCAGGAUAGCCGAUGAACGGGACAAAGUACAGAAAAAGACCUUUACAAAAUGGAUCAACAAGCACCUUAUUAAGGUACGGAAACACAUAAAUGAUCUCUACGAGGACCUGCGAGAUGGACAUAACCUGAUUUCGCUCCUGGAGGCCCUUUCUGGGGACACCCUGCCCCGUGAGAAAGGACGUAUGCGUUUCCACAGACUACAGAAUGUACAGAUUGCACUGGACUACUUGAAGCGCCGACAGGUCAAAUUGGUGAACAUUAGAAAUGACGACAUAACUGAUGGAAACCCCAAACUAACCUUGGGACUGAUCUGGACCAUUAUUUUGCACUUUCAGAUCUCUGACAUCCAUGUUUCUGGGGAGUCUGGGGAAAUGUCAGCAAAGGAGAAACUAUUACUGUGGUCGCAACAGGCAGCGGAUGGCCACACUGGAAUCAGGUGUGAGAACUUCACCUCGUGCUGGAGGGACGGCAAACUAUUCAACGCCAUCAUUCAUAAAUACAGGCCGGACCUGGUAGAUAUGCGUCAAGUAGCAAUUCAAAACAGCAUGAACAACUUGGAACAAGCCUUUGGUGUAGCUGAGAAGCUUGGUGUCACCAGACUGUUGGACGCAGAAGACGUUAAUGUCGCAUCCCCCGAUGAGAAAUCUGUGAUCACUUAUGUGUCGUCGUUGUAUGACGUCUUUCCCAAGAUUCCAGAGGGUGGAGAAGGCAUCAGUGCAAAUGAUGUAGAUGUCAAGUGGAUAGAAUACCAGAACAUGGUGAACUACCUCAUCCAAUGGAUCAAGCAUCAUGUGACAGUUAUGUCAGAUCGGAGCUACUCGAACAAUCCUGCAGAACUUAAGGCACUUUAUAACCAGUACAUGCAGUUCAAAGACACAGAAAUCCCACCGAAAGAGAUGGACAAAGUUAAAAUCAAGCAGCUAUAUAAAUUGUUGGAGGUGUGGAUUGAAUUUGGUCGGAUAAAACUGCCUCAAGGCUAUCACCCAAAUGACGUGGAGAAGGAGUGGGGGAAGUUAAUCAUCGCAAUGUUAGAAAGAGAAAAGAGUUUGCGCCCAGAGGUGGAAAGACUGGAGAUGUUGCAGCAGAUUGCAUCCAGACUUCACUGCGACAGCUUAGCCUGCGAAGAAAAACUCAUAUUAGCGCGGAAUUCACUCCAGUUGGAUGCAAAGCGAUUGGAAUCAGGACUUCAGUUUCAAAAUGAAACAGAGGUUGCAGGAUACCUGUUGGAGUCUGAAAAUCUCAUACGGCAACAGAUUAUUGAUAUCCAGAUUCUUGUUGAUGGGAAGUAUUAUCAGGCAGACCAGCUAAUCCAAAGGGUGGCAAAACUACGCGAUGAGCUGAUGUUACAGAAGUCUGAAUGUUCAUUGGUGUACAACAAAGGACGUCCUUCGUCAGCGGAUCAGACCCAGCUGAUGAUGGCUGGGCUGACACAGAGUCUGAACCAGAGCUUCUCCUCUGACUUCUCCCAGAGUUUGACUCCGUCCUUGACCUCCAACCUAUCUCGGAGCCUGACACCAAGCCUGACCCAUGGAUCAACCCCAGUUCUCACGCCCAGCUUGCCGGCAACGCUGUCUUCCGGCUUAAAGCCUGUCCUGGCGCAUGGGUUCAUUCAAGGCUUUGUCCCCAAUGUGGAGCCUGACACACUGCAGGCAGUGAAACUGAUGCAAAUCAGGAAGCCAUUAAUGCGAUCGCAGUUUGUUGACCAAUCCCUAACAGAGGAGGAGGUCAACAUGAAGUUUCUCCAGGACCUGUUGAGCUGGGUGGAAGAUAUACAGGUGCAGCUGGAUCGCGCGGAAUGGGGCUCUGAUUUGCCAAGCAUUGAAAGUCAUUUGGAAAACCACAAAAAUGUUCACCGAACAAUUGAAGAGUUUGAAUCGAGCAUCAGGGAAGCCAGAGCCGCAGAGGGACAAAUGACUCCACCGCUCAGCGACAGUUACUCGGAGAAGCUGAGAUCUUUAGAGAGCCAGUACCGGAAGCUUUUGGACACUUCCAGAGACCGAGCCACUCAGCUUGACAGCCUGCAUAGCUUUGUGUCCAGAGCAACCACUGAGCUGAUCUGGCUGAACGAGAAGGAGGAAGAGGAGGUGGCGUACGACUGGAGUGAUAGGAACUCCAGCAUGUUGCGAAAGAAAGACUACCACGCCGAACUGAUGCGAGAACUGGAAGACAAAGACGUUCUGAUGAGGUCUGUGCAGGAAAUGGCAGAUAAGCUGCUCUAUCACCGGCACCCUGCUCGGUCGACCAUUGAGGCUUUCAAAGCCGCCAUGCAGACCCAAUGGAGCUGGAUCCUGCAGCUCUGCUCCUGUGUCGAGAGACAUCUGAAAGAAAACGCCACCUAUUUUGAGUUUUACAAUGAUGCCAAAGAAUCCAUGGACUACUUGAGGAACCUGCAGGAGACCAUCAAGAGGAAGUACAAUGGUGACAAAUCCAGCAGCCUGGUGAGGCUGGAGGAUCUGGUUCAGGAUUCCAUGGAUGAGAAAGAACAGCUGCUUCAGUACAAGAGUAACGUAGCAAGUCUCAUGAGUCGGGCAAAGACAAUUGUGCAGCUGAAGCCCAGGAAUCAUGAAAAUCCCAUCCGGAUCUCCAUCCCCAUCAAAGCCAUCUGCGACUACAAACAAAUCGAGAUAACUAUUUACAAGGAAGAUGAAUGUUUGUUGGAAAACAACUCGCACCGAGCCAAGUGGAAGGUCAUCAGCCCCACUGGGAACGAGGCCAUGGUCCCGUCCGUUUGCUUUUUGGUUCCACCGCCAAAUAAAGAGGCCGUCGAGAUGGCAAGCCGGAUUGAGCAACUGUAUCAGAAUGUCCUGGCUCUCUGGCAUCAGUCCCACAUUAACAUGAAGAGCAUCGUGUCCUGGCACUACCUGAUGAAUGAAAUCUCCACCAUCCGAGCCUGGAACGUUGCCUCGAUAAAGACCAUGUUGCCAGGAGAGCAUCAGCAGGUGCUCAGCAGCCUACAGGUCCACCUCAAUGACUUCCUGGAGGACAGUCAGGAGUCCGAGGCCUUCUCAGUCACUGACGGAGCCCAACUGGAGAGGGAAGUCCAGUUCUGCAAUCAAUAUUAUGAAGAUCUACUGAAGUCGGCAGAAAGAGAGGAACAAGAGGAGUCUGCCUGCAACUUAUUCAUCUCCGAGCUGCGGAACAUCCGCCUCCGGGUGGAGAACUGUGAGAAGCGGCUGAUCCGCCAGAUCCGGACCCCGCUCGAGCGUGACGAUCUGCAGGAGAGCGUGCAGAGAAUCUCUGAGCAAGAGAAGCUAAAGAGUGAACUGGAGGAGCUUAUUGCGGAUCUGGAGAAAGUAACGGAGAAAUGCGAUAAAUUCUUUGGCCAGGCCUCUUCAUCUUCAGCUCCGACCCUGCGGACCGAGCUGAGUGUCGUGCUGCAGAAUCUCAAUCAAGUCCACUCGCUCUCCUCUAUUUAUUUGGAAAAGUUGAAGACUGUCAAUCUGAUUGUUAAAAACACUCAAGGAGCAGAGGCUCUUGUUAAGCAGUAUGAGACCAAACUGGGAGAGGAGGAUGCGGUGCCCCCUGACCCAGAGGCCAUUCGGUCUCUGCAGAAUACACUGAAGCAAUGGCGCACUGAGGUGGACGAGAAGCGGGAAGUCUUCCAUUUGCUCGAAGACGAGCUGCAGAAAGGCAAGGCUGUCAGCGAGAGGAUGCUGAGGACCCACAACGAGCGUGACAUGGACAUGGACUGGCACAAGGAGAAGGCCGUUCAGUUGGCUGAGAGAUGGGAGAGCAUUCGCUCCCAAAUUGACAACAGACUGCAUGAGCUCGACGGAAUCAGCACGUCCCUGAGCUGCUACAGAGACUGUAACAAAGACCUCUAUCGGUGGAUCCAAGAAAUGGAAGCAACCCAGCAGAAGAUGCAAGAACAUCAGCCCGAAGAUAUCCGAGCCCUCGCAGAUGAACUCCAUCAACAAAAGACGUUGGCUUCUGAGGUUGAAAUGAAACAUGGGAAAAUGGACGAAUGUCAGAAGUAUUCAGAGGGAUACUCCUCUGCUGUAAAGGAAUAUGAGCUUCAGCUGAUGACGUACAAAGCCAUGGUGGACUCCCAGCAGAAAUCCCCAGUCAAACGGCGGAGGAUGCAGAGCUCAUCAGACAUCAUUGUACAAGAGUACAUGGACCUCCGCACCCGCUAUACUGCUCUGGUUACCCUGAUGAUGCAGUACGUGAAGUUUGCCAGCGAUGCCUUAAAAAGAUCAGAGGACGAAGAGAAAUCAGUGGAAGAGUCAAAGCAAGAGCAUGUCGAGAAAGUUGGCGAAUUGAUGAGAUGGGUUUCUGAGAAGAACAAGAGUUUAGCUGUGAAACAUCGUCAAUCACCCACACCUGAGCCCAUUGCAACUGAGAAGUCACUGUCCGAGCAGCAGGCACUGCAUGUGGAACUAUCAAGCAAGAAGGACCAAAUUGCUGAAGCUAUACACACGACACAGAUGUUCUUGGCGAAACACAGUGACAAGAUAUCAGAAGAGGAUAAACUACAAACAGAAAAGCAAGUGGAGUCACUUCAGGAAGCUUAUGAUAAGUUGUGUGAACGCUCUUGCGAGGAGCUCCAGCACUCCCAGAGCAUGCUGGCAGAGGCAUCAGGGGAGAAGGCGUUGGAAGAGAAGCAAGAGGAAUGCAAUAAGAGACUGCGGGAGAUAAGUGAUCAACUGAUGGUGACGGAAAACAAAAUAAUUGUCUCUGACAGUGGGACACCGGUUUCCAGUGAAGGCUUAGCUAAUUUGCAACAGCAACAGGCAGAACAUCAGGCCUUUCAAAAGGAAAUCCAGGCUAAUGCAAUCACUUUAGCAAACGUGGUAAGUGCAAUAGAAGAGUUUCUGGAGAAGAAUGGGGACAAACUUCAACCAGAAGAGAAAGCAGCAAUGGAAAAAAAGCUGACAGAAGCCAAGCUGAAACUCAGUGCAUUGAGUGAGAAGGUAGACACCGACAUCAAGAACCUGGACAAAGCUGUAACAACUGCUCUCAAACAGGAAACCGAGAAGGCUGCAGCAGUGAAGCAGUUGAAGGAAAAUGACAGCAAAAUCCAAAACCUCUUGGACUGGUUGUCCAAUAUGGAACAAGAGCCAUCAUCUGAUCAGAAGGGAAAGGAAACACUGCAACAGAAUGGCAACACAAUUUCAGUGGAUGGACUGCAGGUACUGGAGAACGAAGACACAGUCAAUGGAAACCUGCCCUGCAACGUAGGUGAGACCAUGGGAGAGGAUGAGAAGGAGCUAACAACUGAUGGAGAUUUACAUGGACAAUAUGAAAAAGCCAAGCUCCGCCACCAGCAAGUUGUGUCACAGCAGCAGAUUUACAUCGUAUCUACACAAUCAGUCCAGGACUUCCUGCAGAAACAAGGCACGAGCAUUCCAGCCGCAGAACGGGAGAAGUUGGAGAAGGACUUGACUCAGUUGAAAGUUCAGUACGAGACCGCGCUGGGGCAGUCUGAAAGCAGACUGAAGCUGGUUCAAGCCGUGCAGGAUGAGCUGAAGACCUUUUCCACAGAUUACAAUGAAUUUGAAAACUGGUUGCACCAGUCUGAACGGCAGCUGGAGGAUCUCCAGUCUGGUGCCAAGGACAUGGACACCUUUGGCGGCAAGCUGAAAAGGCAGAGAAGCUUUUCUGAAGACGUCAUCUCUCACAAAGGGGACUUGAGGUACAUUACUAUCUCGGGACAAAGAGUCCUCGAUGCUGCCAAAUCCUGUGGGAAAUCGGGUCUGAGUAAAGACGGCAAACCUCAGGUUGAUAUGUCUGCAACUUGUACUCAGGUGCAGAACCAACUGAACAUGGCCAGUGACUGUUAUAAAUCACUGCAAUCCAAGUGCAAUCUGUUGGGUAAAAAUCUCAAAGACGUGGUGGAUAAGUAUGACCAUUACCAGGAGUUGUCAGCCGGGCUUCUACCCUGGCUUCAAACUGCCGAGGAAGCUGCAGGAACACAGCUGACGGAGGCCAUUGCAGCAGAUCCAAAGAACCUUCAGAAGCAGUUGGAGCAAGCCAAGGCUCUCCAUGAUCAGAUAUCUGGGCACCAACGAGUGGUUGAGAAGCUAAGGAAAGCCGUGGAUGCGCUUGUGGGUACAGAUGGUGAUCUCUUGUUGAAUCAAGAAGAAAUCCAGGAUAACAUGGAUGACGUGGUGCUGAGAUACAAGAACCUGUCCAAGUCGGUCAAUGAACGCAAUGAGAGCUUGCAGGUGACACUCACACGGUCCUUAAGUGUUCAGGAUGGUUUGGAUGAAAUGCUUGACUGGAUGGCCAGUGUGGAAAAGAGCCUGGAUGAUGAAGGGGAAAUUCCUGUCAACUCUGUUGCCAUUCAAGAAGCUUUUAGGAAAAACACUGCUAUGGAGCAGAACAUCGCCAGCCGCCAAAGCAGCAUCAGUGCCAUUGAAGAGAAAGCCAACAUGUUCAUCGCCACGGCAGACCCGUCUACUGCCUCCGCAUUACAAGCCAAGGUGGACGACCUUGCCAAACGCCUAGCUUCAGCCAGUGGCCGGCACAAAGAAAGAACAACCAGGCUGGAGAACCUCAGGGGCAAAGUGGAGCUCUUUGAGAAGACCUUCCAAAAAAUUGAGCAGUUUGUCACCCAGAAAUCACAGUCUCUCUCUGAAACUGAUGGGCCAGGAAAAGACAUCAACGAACUGUCACAGCACAUGCAGGAAGUGAAUACUGAGCUAUUGGAUCAAAGUGAAGGUCUGAAUGCACUGAACAAGUUGGCUGAAGAGCUUGGUGGGUGCGCCACAGCUGAAGGACGGACACAGAUCCUCAACAGAGUCAACACCCUGUCAAAGAAUUUCCGAGGACUGGAAGAGACUACCAAGAAAAAAGAGGAAGAAUUAUGCUGUUGCCAACUUCAGACAGAUGAAUUCCAAACUUCGGUGAAGUCAUUUAGAAAGUGGGUGGAGGGAAUAAACAGUAGGAUUCCAGCAAUAGACUCAAGCCUUUCUACAGAAACUCUUCAAGGACAUUUAUCCAAUGUUAAGGUCAUGUGUGAUGAGUGGACAGCAAAGGCUUCUGAGGUCCAGGAAGUUAAUCGGAAAGGAUCAGCUUUAUGUCACCAGAUCAAUGUGCUGAUUUCUCCAGUCGUUUCAAGACCAGCAUUCAAAUCAGGUCCACAGGUGGUGAAUGGUGGGAGUGAAGUCUCUGAUGUCUGUGAUUCAAAAGAGGUGAGUGCCAUCCAGAAAGAUGUUGCAGAUGUAAGUCGUCGGUACGAAGAGGCGGGAGCCUCGCUGAAGAGGACGGAGAGCCAGCUGGAUUCCAUGCUGGCUCAGAGGCAACACACCCAGGAGGAAGCCUUGGUGAUCAGAGAGUGGCUGGAGUCGGUGGAUAAGAGAGCUGCAGGCUGGGAUACAGUGCCAACAGAGAAUGAAGCUAUAAAGGAGCAAAUUGAGCAACACAAGGUGCUCGAAGCUGAAUUGAAACAAAACACAGAUAGGGUUGAACAGGUGAAAGAGAAGUUGACUUUGCUACUGCAAGAAAACCCGGACUCGCCUGAAGCAGGGAAAUGGAGACAGACGCUGGAUUAUAUAAAUUCAAAGUGGAAGCAGGUCAGCCAGUCGGCCAGCGAGCGGCAACAGAAGCUGCAGGAGUCGUCUGGGUUCCUCACGCAAUUUGAGACGGCUGAGGUGCAACUGAGUCAGUGGCUCAUUGAGAAGGAACUGAUGAUGAAUGUGUUGGGGCCACUCUCCAUUGAUCCUCAUAUGUUGAACAAUCAGAAACAACAAGUUCAGAUCCUGCUGAAGGAGUUUGAGACACGGAAGCCACAACACGAGCAGCUGAAAGUGGCAGCUGAGGGCAUUUUGAGUCGACCAGAUGACUCUGCUCCGACCUGUGGCGUUGUCAGCGAACAGCUGGCUGCCGUAACGCAGAAGUGGGAUUCUCUGACUGGGCAGCUGGUUAACCGCUCUAACCUCAUUGACCGGGCCAUCGUCAAAAGCACCCAGUUCCAAAACCUAGUCCACCACCUCUCGGGCAAGUUGAGCACCUUGGACACGAAGCUGGCCAGCCAGCCGCCCAUCGACGCCCAGCCCGAAGCUGUGAAGCGGCAGCUGGAGGUGGCCAGCGAACUCCGGGCCGAGCUGCAGCAGGAGGAGAAGGGCGUGCAGGAGGCCGGGGCUCUCUGCGAGGAGAUCUCGGUCCUCGUUGGCGAGCAGUACUUGAAGGCUGAGCUCACCAGACAGUUGGACAACGUCGUGAAGCCGUUCCGGGACCUCGAGGAAAGAGCAGGAAAUCGAGUCCAUCAUCUUCAGUCUGCACUGGCAAAUUCCGAGCAGUUUCAACAGAUGUUUGACGAUUUCCAAGCCUGGAUAGGUGGAAAGUGCAAUGAGCAGAGCCAGAGGGCUCCCAUAUCGGCCAAGCCUGACCUCCUCCACUCACUGAUCGAUGAGCAGACGGCGUUUCAGAAAUCCUUAGCACAAAAAGCUGGGUCCUACGAGAUGAUCACGGCAGAAGGAGAGUCACUCCUCCAGAAUAUGCAGACGGGAGUUGAGAAAACUGCCUUACAGGAUCAACUUGCUGCCCUCAGGGGCACCUGGGAAGAGCUGGCCAAGCAAGUGGAGAACAGGCAAGAGAAACUGAGGGAUUGUUUGCAGAAAGCCCAGAGGUACCAAGAAUGUGUAGAACGCUUGCUCCCGUGGGUGCAAGAAUGUGAAGCAAAGUCCUCGCAGGUGCAAGUGUGCAGUGGCGGGCCAGAGGUCGAGUCCUCGUUGGCAAGCAUUAAGGUGUUACAGAAUGACAUGGACCAGCAUCGGAGGGAGCUUGAGUCUUUAAAUAAUGCUGCAGACCGCUUGAUUGAAGCCAGUCAGGUGGAUGCGGAGGAUGUCCAGUGUGAGAAGGCUCUGGUCAACCAGAAGGUGGAUCUGAUCAGUGAACAACUCCGCCUUAAAAAAGAGUCCCUGGAUGAGAAUGCAAAAUGCAUGAAGGAGUUUCAAAAUUCUCUCAGAGAUACGAAGGGGCAGUUACAAGGGGCCAAGCAGCAACUGGACCACCAUGAUACCCUUGGGUCUCAAGCAUACAGUAACAAAUGCUUGUCCAAUUUGAAUGCCCAGCAGAAGAUGCUUCAGGCCUUGACAUCCCAAGUGGAGAAGGUCAAGUGUCUUGCUCAGAGAUUGACCUCCGCCUCCUCAGACAGAGAAGGAGCGUCUUUGCUCCUGCAGCAAGCUGAUGCUCUGCGGAAAGAUCACGAGUCGGUGAGCCAGCAGGUACGUGAAAGGUGCUCCUCCGUGGAGGUCAAGCUCCAAGGCAUCGGGCAGUUUCAGAACAACAUCCGGGAGAUGUUCUCCUUAUUUGCCGACCUCGACGAUGAACUGGACGGCAUGGCUCCUGUGGGAAGGGACCUGGACUGCCUUUGCGUCCAGAAAGACGACAUCCGAGGGUUCAUCAGUAAACUCCAGCAGCUGACGACAGGCAUCGAAGGCACAAAGAAAGAAAGCAGGCAGAUGCUGGAGUCCUCAGGCUCUCCAGAUUUGAUGGGGUUGAAGCGGGAUCUGGAGGCUUUGAGCAAGCAAUGCAAUAAGCUGCUGGACAGGGCAACGGUCAGGGAGGAGCAGGUGGGAACCACCCUUGCCCAGGUUGAAGAGUUCAACAACAGAAGGAAAACAUUCAGUGAACUGAUGACUGUGGCUGAGGAACAUGAGGAGAAUCAGGGCAGCGUUGGCAUGGAAACCGAGGUCAUCAACCAACAACUGGAAUCAUUCAAGGUAUUUCAAAAGAAAGAGAUCGAGCCACUUCAGACUGUGCUCCAGGAGAUUAAUCGAAUUGGCCAAGGAUUGAUUCAGAGUGCGGGUAAAAAUACCAAUAUCCAGAAGUUGGAACAUGACCUUGAAGAUGCAAACGCCCGUUGGAACACGCUCACCAAAAAGGUUGCGGAGCGAGCGGCCAAGCUGCAGGAAGCACUGUUGCAUUGUGGCAGGUUUCAGGAUGCACUUGAAUCGUUGCUCGGCUGGUUAACGGAUACCGAGGAACUCGUGGCCAACCAGAAGCCUCCUUCAGCCGAGUUCAAAGUCGUCAAGGCUCAGAUUCAAGAACAAAAGCUCCUCCAACAUUUACUGGAUGACCGCAAACCAACGGUGGAAAUCAUUAAGCGGGAAGGGGAGAAGAUCGCCGAGUCAGCUGAUUCCAUGGACCGUGACAAGACUCUGAACCAGUUGCAAGGCCUGAGUCACAGGUGGAAUUCCCUUCUUACCAAGGCUGAGAACAGACAGCGACAGUUGGAGGCCAUCUUGGUUGUGGCUCAGCAGUUCCAUGACACUGUGGAGCCCUUGGUCGAGUGGCUAUCGGCUGCUGAGAAGAAGGUCGCAAGCUCUGAGCCUAUUGGAACUCAAACAACCAGACUGCAAGAGCAAAUUACCCAGCACAAGGCUACGGAAGAUGACGUCACCAGUCACGGUAAACAGUUGCACCAGGCUAUUAGAGUUGGUCAGUCACUAAAGACUUUGAGUUCCAGAGACGAUAAGGACAUAGUCCAGGGAAAGCUGGAUUCUGCCCAGACUCGGUACAUUGAGAUCCAGGACAGGUGUGGCCGCAAAGCUGCCCUGAUCCAGCAGGCUCUCGCCAAUGCCUGGGUAUUUGGGGAGGACGAAGUUGAGGUUCUGAACUGGUUGGCUGAAAUGCAAGACAAACUUAACAAUGUGGCCAUUCAAGACUGCAAUCCCGAUCGCCUCCAGAAACAACAUUUGGACCACCUGAACCUUCAUGAAGACAUUCUCCUGCGGAAGCAACACGUUGAUCAGGCCAUCCAGAAUGGGCUGGCACUGCUGAAACAGACAACAGGGGAUGAAGUUAUAAUAAUUCAGGAGAGGCUCGAUGGCAUAAAAGCACGCUAUGCUGAGAUUACUGCCACCAGUGGUAAAGUCUUGAAGACCUUGGAACAGGCCCUACAGCUUGCCACCAAAUUUCAGUCUGCUCACGAGGUGUUGUCUGCCUGGCUCGAUAGGGUGGAGGCUGAACUGGCCACAUGUGCUUCCGAGGCACUUGCAGGAGAACAGUUAGCUCAAGCUCAGGAAAGACAACAGGAGCUGAAGAGAGAGAUGAUGGAGUACAGAGUGAGUCUGGACACUGUCAAUGAAGUCAGCAACGCUCUGCUGGAGCUUGUCCCUUGGAGAGCAAGGGAAGGACUCGACAUACUGGUGUCUGAUGACAAUGAACGCUAUAGAUCAGCCAGCGAGGCCAUCGCACAGAAGGUGGAAGAAAUAGGCGCUGCUAUACAGAGAUCACAGCAGUUCGAGCAAAGAGCAGACGCAGAGAUUGCCUGGAUCGCAGAAACGGAGAGGAAGCUGAGAUCACUUGGUGACAUAAGACUUGAGCAAGACCAGACUUCUGCAGAGCUGCAAGUUCAAAAGGCAUUUUCAAUGGAUAUUUUGCGACACAAAGACACAAUUGAUGAACUUGUCAUGAAUGGAGAUGAAAUAAUGACUUCUAGCACUGAAGAGGAGAAAGUAACCCUGAAGAGGAAGCUGGACACGCUGCAGACCCAGUACGAGGUGAUCAGCCAGAUGAACGCAGAGCGGUACCUACAGCUGGAACGGGCUCAGUCUCUAGUCAACCAAUUUUGCGAGACCUACGAGGAGCUCUGGCCAUGGCUUGAAGAGACCCGGGUGUUGAUUUCCCAGUUGCCCACCCCUGCCAUUGAGCUUGAGCUUUUGAAGCAACAGCAGGAAGAACUUCGGCAACUGCGUGAGCUCAUCUCUGAACACAAGCCCCACAUCGAUAAGAUGAACAAGACUGGACCUCAGCUACUGGACCUAAGCCCUCGGGAAGGACUGGCCAUUCAACAGAAGUACACUGCAGCGGAUGCCCUUUACAGCAAGGUCAAGGAAGAUGUUAAGCUAAGGGCCCUAUCGCUGGAUGAAGCCAUUUCCCAAUCCACUCAGUUUCACGAUAAGAUCAGCCCGAUGCUCGAGGCUCUGGAACGCAUCGCCGUCCGACUCUGGCAACCGCCUUCCAUCUCGGCCGAGGUGGAGAAGAUCCGAGAGCAGAUCAGUGAGAACAAAAAUGUAGCCAUGGAACUGGAGAAGCUGCAGCCAGCGUUCAACACCCUCAAACAACGCGGUGACGAUUUAAUCGGACGCUCCGAAGGAACCGACAAAGACUUCUGUGCGAAAGCUGUUCAAGAGCAGUUGGACAAGAUGGUUUUCUACUGGGCGGACAUCAGAACCCGGGCGGAGGAACGGGAGGCCAAGCUGCUCGACGUGAUGGACCUGGCAGAGAAAUUCUGGUGUGAUCACUCCGCCCUGAUUGCCACCAUUAAGGAUACUCAAGACUUGAUCCAAGAAUUGGAGGAACCUGGUAUAGAUCCAUCCGUGGUCAAAGAACAGCAGGAAGCACUGGUGGCAAUCAAAGAAGAAAUAGAUGGACUUCAGGAAGAGCUGGAGAUUGUACAGAACCUUGGAGCUGAGCUGACCUCAGCCUGUGGAGAACCUGAUAAGCCAGUGGUGAAGAAAAAUGUGGAUGAGCUGAAUGGUACCUGGGGUAAUCUGAAUAAGGCAUGGAAAGAUCAAAUUGAUCAGCUGGAUGAAGCCAUGCUGGAGGCAGUUCAGUUCCAGGAUGCACUGCAGGCCAUGUUUGACUGGAUGGACUUUGCAGAAAGUAAAUUGAAUACAAUGCCCCCAGUUGGUACAGAUCUGGAGACAGUGAAACAACAAAUUGCCGAGCUUAAGCACUUCAAGACUGAAGCAUAUCAGCAGCAGAUAGAAAUGGAGCGGCUGAACCAUCAGGGAGAAUUGUUGCUGAAGAAAGUAAAUGAAGAAAGUGACAAGCGGGUGGUACAGGAGCCUCUGCACGAGCUGAAGCAUUUCUGGGAAAAUCUGGAUGGGAAAAUUGUCAACAGACAGCACAAAUUGGAAGAUGCGCUGUUAGCUUUGGGACAGUUCCAACAUGCUCUAGAUGAACUGAUGACGUGGCUGACCCACACCGAGGAGCUACUAAAUGAACAGAAAACUGUUGGCGGAGAUCCUAAAGCAAUUGAAAUUGCAAUUGCCAAACAUCAUAUCCUGCAGAAUGAUGUUCUGGCUCACAAAUCCACAAUGGAGACGGUGAACAAAGCUGGAAAUGCCCUGCUGGGAUCAAGCGAUGUGGAGGAAGCCAGCAGUCUGCAGAGCAAACUGGAAAGUCUCACCCAGCGCUGGAAGAAUGUGCUGGAACAAACUGCCCAGCGGCAGCUGCAACUGCAUCAUUCACUCAUCCAGGCUCAGGGUUUCCAGAAUGAGAUUGACGAUCUGCAGCGGUGGCUGGUGGAGAUGGAACGGCAACUGUUGGCAUCAAAACCUAUCGGGGGCCUGCCGGAAACAGCCAGAGAACAGCUCAACAACCAUCUGGAGCUUUGUGCAGCAUUUAGAGCCAAAGAGGAGAUCUACAAGAACUUGAUAAAUAAGGGACAGCAGAACCGUGACCAAGCUGGUGACAGCAACGUGGAGACGGGCAUCAACAACCUGAAAGAAAGAUGGGAAUCCGUCGACAUAAAACUAACAGAACGAAAGGUUAAAUUGGAGGAGGCCCUCAACUUGGCCACUAAGUUCCACAACUCCCUGCAAGACUUCAUCAACUGGUUGACUCAAGCAGAACAAACCUUGACGUUAGUUGCAUCGCCAAGCCUCAUUCUGGACACCAUUUUAUUUCAGAUUGAUGAACACAAGGUUUUUGCCAAUGAAGUCAACUCGCACCGUGAGAAAAUAAUUGAACUGGACAAGACCGGCACCCAUCUGAAGUACUUCAGUCAGAAGCAGGAUGUUGUGCUCAUUAAAAACUUGUUGAUCAGUGUUCAGGCUCGAUGGGAAAAAAUUGUGCAGCGGUCAGUUGAUCGAGGAAGAGGGCUAGAUGAUGCCAGGAAGCGUGCGAAACAGUUCCAAGAAGCCUGGAAGAAGUUGAUGGAGUGGUUGGAAGAGUCAGAAAAAAACCUGGAUUCCGACCUUGAAAUUGCAAAUGAUCCAGACAAAGUGAAAAUGCAACUUGCAAACCACAAGGAGUUCCAAAAAGCACUCGGAGCAAAACAUUCUGUAUGUGACACAGCAGUAAGGACGGGCCGCUCCUUGAAGGAGAAGACAACUUUAGUAGAUGAUCACCAGAAGCUCGAUGACAUGUUGAGUGAACUGAGGGACAAGUGGGACACAGUGUGCGGGAAGUCAGUGGAAAGACAGAACAAGUUGGAGGAAGCACUGCUGUUUUCAGGCCAGUUUACGGACGCCUUGCAAGCCCUGAUUGAUUGGCUGUACAAGAUCGAGCCGAUGCUUGCUGAAGACCAGCCAGUGCACGGAGACGUUGACCUGACCAUGAACCUAAUUGAUGCUCACAAGGUCUUCCAGAAGGAGCUGGGCAAACGGACAAGCGGUGUACAGGCCCUGAAACGCUCAGCCCGCGAGCUGGUUGAUGCCAGCCGCGAUGAUUCAUCCUGGGUCAGGGUGCAGAUGCAGGAGCUCAGUACUCGCUGGGAGACUGUGUGUGCUCUCUCUGUCUCCAAACAAGUUAGACUGGAACAAGCCCUCAAACAGGCUGAGGAAUUCCACUCUGCUGUGCACGUGCUGCUCGAGUGGCUGGCUGAGGCUGAACAGACACUUCGUUUCCAUGGCGUUCUUCCAGAUGACAACGAUGCUCUCCAGGCGCUCAUCAAUCAACACAAGGAGUUUGUGAAGAAGCUGGAAGAGAAGAUGACCGAGCUGAAUUCAGCUGUGGCUAUGGGGGAGUCCAUCUUGUCCAUUUGCCACCCGGACUCCAUCACAACCAUCAAGCAUUGGAUCACAAUCAUCCAAGCCCGAUUCGAAGAGGUAACUGCAUGGUCCAAGCAGCAUCAACUGCGACUGGAAGCAGCUCUCGCUGAGGUUAUCACCAAUCAGGAGUUGAUGGAGAGCCUUUUGGGUUGGUUACAGUGGGCGGAGACGAUACUCACGCAGAGAGACCAAGAGUUGCUCCCACAGGAGAUUGAAGAAGUCAAGACACUUAUUGCUGAGCACCAGACGUUUAUGGAGGAGAUGACCAGGAAACAGCCCGACGUGGAUAAGGUCACAAAGACAUACAAGAGGAAAGCUGCAGAGCCAGCGCAGAUCUCAUCCCACAUUCCUAGCACAGAGAAGGGAAGGUCAAGGAAAAGGCUGCCAACGCGGGCUCUCUAUUCGCCAGCAACGCAGACUAUUGAAACUAAAAAUCCACGUGCUAACCUGCUUGUUAGCAAGUGGCAGCAGGUGUGGCUGUUGGCUCUGGACAGGCGGCGGAAGCUCAACGAUGCGCUGGACAGGCUGGAGGAGCUGAGAGAAUUUGCCAAUUUUGAUUUUGACGUUUGGCGGAAGAGAUACAUGCGAUGGAUGAACCACAAGAAGUCCAGAGUAAUGGACUUUUUCAGACGCAUCGAUAAAGAUCAAGAUGGGAAAAUCACAAGACAAGAAUUUAUCGAUGGAAUUCUGUCUUCAAAGUUUCCGACCAGCCGGUUGGAAAUGAGUGCGGUGGCAGAUAUAUUUGACAGAGACGGAGAUGGCUACAUCGACUAUUAUGAAUUUGUGGCAGCACUUCACCCAAACAAGGAUGCGUACAAACCACUUACCGAUGCAGACAAAAUAGAGGAUGAGGUGACACGGCAAGUCGCAAAAUGUAAAUGUGCGAAGCGGUUUCAGGUGGAGCAGAUUGGGGAGAACAAAUACAGGUUCUUCUUGGGAAAUCAGUUUGGCGACUCCCAGCAGUUGCGGUUAGUCCGCAUCCUACGCAGUACAGUGAUGGUUCGUGUUGGCGGAGGGUGGAUGGCCUUGGAUGAGUUUUUGGUGAAAAAUGACCCCUGCAGAGCCAAGGGCAGAACAAACGUCGAGUUGCGUGAGAAGUUCAUUCUUCCCGAAGGCAUGAGUCAAUCCAUGGCUGCCUUCCGGACACGAGGGCGAAGGUCACGGCCGUCAUCAAGGGCAGCUUCACCCAACAGAUCAGCAUCCAGUGCCAGCCAAAGUGUUUCAGUCCCACCAGUUGUUACAAGUACUCCUCCUAAGACACCCCAACAUUUAAUCCGCAAUUAUGAUAAACCAUGGUUGACAAACAGCAAAACAUCAAGUGCUUAUAAAUCACCAGAGUCCCCAGAAGGUCGGGUCCCAUCUCCAGAGGUAACUCCCAUCCAGGGAAGCAAGUUGCGGCCACCCGGAUAUCUCUCUGGGAAGAGUUUCCAUUCUGGAGAUGACAGCAAUGUAACAUCAACUCCUCCUUCUAGGGGGAGGUCUCGAGUACCAGCCUUAGAGUCAAGAAAAGUCCCAAGCCGUCCCACAAGCCGCGCGGGAAGCAAGACUGGCAGCAGAGCAAGCAGUCGCCGGGGGAGUGAUGCUUCCGAUUUUGACAUUUCAGAUAUCCAGUCUGUGUGCUCGGAUGUUUCGGAGGCAGUGCCUGAAACUAGCAGAUCAGGGUCACGAGCAGGAUCUCGGCCAUCUUCAGCGAAAGCAUCGAAAAUCCCGACACCAUCAAGGAGGUCUCCAGCAACUAGCAAACUGAGUGCAACCUCCAAAAGAUAGUGUGAUCUCAGCGACGACCUCCAAAGUAAUACCAUGAUGCAGACCGUGGGAUGUAAAAUAAUCUGUAGAAUCUGUUGUGAAAUAUUGCAAGAAGUGGACUUUUGAUGCUGCAGAAUGGCCUUAUUUGUGCGUUUGUCUUGUAAGGUAUAUUAUUUUAUGUGAAUAAAUUUUCUGUUCCUUUUUUUUCCUUGAUGCCAUAUCCUCUGGAGGGAAAAUUAAAAGAGCUUUUAAGAAAGAUGUAAGUUAAACUAAUAUUUUUACAUGUAAUGUAGAAUUGGGUAACUAUUGCUGAAAGCGGUUUCUGAAUGUACGACUGUAAAAACAAAGCCCCAGGAACACGUCUUGUCAGUUAGCAGGCAGGUUUGCCAACAACUCUGAUUACCUCAUGUACAAUUCUAAUGAGGCAAUGCUGAAUAUUAUGAAAUAACUUUAUUUGCUCGGCGCUGAUAUUUUCUGAAUUAAAUACAAAGCAAAUGUCUGUGUCCCAGGUAAAAAGGGAUGUAAAAUGCCUAUCAGCAUUACCUUCAUGUAGCAAAUCGAAUUUACUCUCAACUGUUCAGUUAACACAUUCAUGUCGGCUGUGAAGAAGACACUUUAAACCCCCCCCCCUCCCCGCAACAUUUUUGUGCCAUUUUAUUUUGCUGAAAUCAAACUGCCAUUAUUAAAACUCUCCUGCCCUCCCACAAGAAGUAAUUUGUACUACUAAUAAUUAAUAUAUUAAGUAUGAAGUGUUAAUGUCAAUGUGAAAUUUUCUUUUGCUUGAGUGGAAGACAAUUGUACCAUUGAUCCCAUUUUGUAUUAAAGCAAAGUUGCUUGCAAUGAGUCUAAAA